AUGCUGGUGGGUGAUUCAUCUGGGUGGCCAGCGCUGCUCGCCCUGGUUUUGGCUGUGGAAAUAUCCUUUGUCAGGUCUAACAUAUUUAUGGAUGAAGCACGAAGUCAGCUAUUAGUGAAAGAGAAGAGAAUGCGAUUUGGGUCAGAGGUGCUGAUGAAUGGCCAAGAGAAGAAGGCCAAUAGGAACCUCAUGGCCAUCAAAAAGAGGGAGAUCAUGGAGGCCAUGGAGACUCACCAGUUUCCGCCCAGUAUGCACUUCUUCAAGGCCAAGCAUCUCAUUGAGGACAGCCGGGUGUUUCAUGUAAUAAAGAAGAUGCCUAAAGGGGCUGCCUUACACCUCCAUGAAUUUGGGAUGGCGAGUAUGGAGUGGCUGGUAAAAAACGUCACCUACAGGCCUCACUGCUAUUUCUGUAUCACCCCAGAGGGGAUUCUGCAGUUCAGAUUUGCUCAGUCAGCUCCCCAAAACCUUAAGGCAAGAGAAUGUUCAAACUGGGUUUUGCUGGAGGAUCACAGAAAAAAGCUAAAGGACAUCGUUGAGUUUGAUAAAAGCUUGCUGAGGGCUUUCACUAUGGUGACCAAGAACCCCGAGAAGAUUUAUCCCAAUGAAGAUUCCCUUCGGACAAAGUUUCAAAACAUCUUUCUCUCCAUCUCUGGCCUUGUCCGUCAUGCUCCAGUGUUCAAGGAUUAUAUCUUCCAGGGGCUGAAGGAGUUCCACGCGGAUAAUGUGUUCUUCUUGGAGAUCAGAACCAUGUUAUGGCCGGUAUAUGAACUGAAUGGGGAGAUCCACGACCAGUUGUGGGUAGUGAGGGCUUACCAAGAAGUGGCUGACGAGUUUAAAAGGACUCAUCCUGAAUUUAUGGGAUUCAGACUCAUUUUUUCGGAUUACAGGACCAAAAGCUUGGCUCUCAUUGCACAUUCUGUCCGAACUGCCAUCAGACUUCGAGAAGUAUUCCCUGACAUCAUAGCAGGGUUUGACCUGGUGGGGCGUGAAGAUACCGGCUACAGUUUAUAUCACUACAAGGAGGCUCUGAUGAUUCCAGUCACAUAUGGUGUUCAACUACCUUACUUCUUCCACGCUGGGGAGACAGACUGGUAUGGUACUUCCAUAGACAGAAACCUUAUAGAUGCUGUAAUUCUGAAUGCUACCAGAAUUGGACAUGGAUUUGCUCUGACCAAACACCCAGUAGUCAAGGCUUAUACUCAGAACAAGGACAUCCCCCUAGAAGUGUGUCCCAUCUCCAACCAGGUCAUGAAACUCGUGUCUGAUAUGAGAAACCACCCAGCAGCUGCUCUGAUGGCCUACGGGCAUCCCAUGGUGAUCAGCUCUGAUGACCCAGCUGUCUUUGGUGCUAAAGGCUUGUCCUAUGACUUCUAUGAGGCCUUCAUGGGCAUCGGGGGGAAGAGGGCUGACCUGAGGACACUCAAAAAGCUGGUCACAAACUCUAUCAAGUAUAGCUCCGUGUCAAAGACACAGAAGGACCUUUUUAUGAAAGUCUGGAAGCUCAAAUGGAAUCAGUUCAUAGAUUAUCUGGCCAGGAGGCCAAGGUGA